AUGCUGCCGUAUGGGGAGCCAAGCUUAUUGCUAGGGGCACUCCAGUUGACAAGCUCCAUCGCUACAAGUAGCACCAGCCCAGUCGCGGCAAUCCCUACAGGCUGGACCUACCAAGGAUGCUACAUUGACAACGCCAACGGGCGCAUCAUGAUGUACGCGCAGCCCGACGACAGCAAAAACACAGCAGAGACAUGCAUCGCAACGUGCAUCGGGCUCGGCUACACCGUCGCAGGGACGCAGUACGGCGUCAACUGCUUCUGCGACAACUACAUGCGCAACGGGGCCGCGCUCACGGCCGACGACGACUGCAACAUGGCCUGUCCCGGCAACACGGCCGAGAAGUGCGGUGCCGGGAACAGGAUGAGCGUCUAUUCCAACUCCCCGCUCAAGAUCUACGAGCCGCCUGCUGCGCAGAACGCGAGCUUGCCCGGCUCGUGGGAGUACGUGGGCUGUCUGCAGGAGCCGACGGACGCCAAGGUCUUUCCUUACAAGCUCGUCUUGCGGGACAAUAAUACUGCGGAAAACUGUUUGAGCCAGUGCUCGGCUUACGGCUUUCCUGCCGGUGGCAUGGAAUAUGGUGAAGAGUGCUACUGCGGCGACCCGUCCGAUGUCGAUGCAGCCGGUACCCAGCUCCAGCCAGAGACCAGCUGCAACAUGGCCUGCUCGGGAAACGCCACGUACAUAUGCGGCGGCGGCAACCUCCUCUCCUACUACAAAUGGAGCGGGGACCCGCUCUUCGUAUGGGAGUACCCACAAGGUACGGCAGCAGGCGAAUACCAGUUCCUGCUGGGAGGCGUCGUAGUGCCGCUGAUCACGACGCCCGCGCGCAACGGCAAAGUAACGUUCGUGGAGAAAUGGGGCACAGGGCCGGCAAACUCGACGGGGGCGUACGAGCUCGAUCCCAGCUUGGCCGAUGACUUCGCCGCCGCCUGGCGCGAGAUGCACGUCAAGACGGACGUCUUUUGCUCGGCGGGCCUGACGCUGCCCGACAGAGCGGCGCGCCAGAUCAACGUGGGCGGCUGGGCCAACGAAGCUACGUACGGCGUGCGCAUCUACUGGCCUGACGGCAGCCCCGGCGUCCCGGGCAAGAACGACUGGCAGGAGAACGUCGACGAGCUUUCCCUCCAGAUCGGCCGUUGGUACCCGUCAGCCAUGAUGCUCGCGAACGGGAGCAUUCUCGUUGUCGGCGGCGAGGUCGGCUCCAACGGCGCCCCAGUCCCAAACAUGGAAGUCCUGCCCAAGCCCGCAGGCGGCUACCUCGUGCAAGCCGACUUCCUAGGCGUCGACCUCUACCGCACGUACCCCUUCCUGUGCGUGCUCCCCAGCGGCGCCGUCUUCAUCGCCUGCUACAACGAAGCCCGCCUGCUGGACGAAGCGACGCUGACCGAGACGGCGCGGCUGCCCAACAUGCCGGGCGCAGUCAACGACGCGGCAGGCGGGCGCUCCUACCCCUUCGAAGGCACGGCGGUGCUGCUGCCCCAGCACGCCCCCUACACCGACCCCGUCACCGUCCUCAUCUGCGGCGGCUCGACGCCCGGCCCCGAAGUCGCCCUCGACAACUGCGUCAGCCUGGCGCCGGACGCGCCCGCCCCGCACGGCUGGUCCAUCGAGCGCAUGCCCUCACCGCGCGUCGUCGUCUGCAUGACCGCCCUGCCCGACGGCACGUACCUGAUCCUCAACGGCGCGAAGCAGGGCGUCGCCGGCUUCGGAACCGCCAGCGACCCCAACCUCAGCGCCGUGCUGUACGACCCCGCCAAGCCAGUCGGCCGCCGCAUGGCGCUCAUGGCCAACACGUCCGUCGCCCGCAUGUACCACAGCGAGGCGGUGCUGCUGGACGACGGGCGCGUCCUCGUCUCCGGCUCCGACCCCCAGGACCCCCGCUACCCCGAGGAGUACCGCGUCGAGGUGUUCGCGCCGCCGUACCUGCUGUCCGGCGCGGCGCGGCCCGCCUUCUCGCUCAGCACCGACGACUGGGCCUACGGGCAAAGCGUGACCUUCACGCUCGCGACCCCGCCCACGAGCGGCAGCAGCGUGCGCGUGUCGCUGCUCGGCGCCACCAGCUCCACGCACGGCAACAGCAUGGGGCAGCGCACGAUAUUUCCCGCGGUUACGUGCGCGGGGACCGCGUGCACGCUCACGGCGCCGCCGAGCCGCUACGUCUGCCCGCCGGCGUGGUUCCAGAUGUUUGUGCUGGAUGGGCCGACGCCGUCGCAUGCGCGGUGGGUGCGCAUUGGUGGCGACCCGGCUGCGCUGGGGAAUUGGCCGGAUUUUGCGGAUUUUGAUGUCCCGGGGCUGGGGAAGCCGCACACAAGGCCGGCUUGA